ACGCUACCACCGUGGUCAAUGAUAUCACUGUCUGUGAGAUAAAUUUGUUGGAGAAAAAAAAACACGUUUUUAAUCGACGCAAGAAAAUGAGCGUAUCAGUCACUCGCACAGUUCCUAAGAAAAAUGACGCUAAUAAAGCUGCUCAGCGGCAGCGGGUUUAUGACUACUUGUAUGAUCCAGUUUACACAGUGUCAUCGGAGGUAGACCAUGCCAGGUGCAAUCUCAAGGCCUAUACGUCUCAGGAUCGAGUAAGAAAAGUGCCAGUGUUUGGGUCAAUGUUCAGUAACCUGCCCCACCACCCACGGUAUACUCUUCAACUGGACCCUGUAGACCCUGUACCGGCCUCUAUUGAUCGCCGCUGGCAGGGCCACAUACAACAGCGUAGAGAGGCACUGCAGCAACUGGCUGGGGUUAUUCCAAAUACUCAGCAAUGGCUUAAAAGGGAGGAGUGCCAAGUAACUGGAGCUGACCGCUGGAAAUACUUUAAACGCCCUCUAAUCCCAUUUGCACAGCAGGUUCCCCCAGAUGUGAUUUUUUCUUUUCCAAAGGAAGAGUUUGAAUCCACUGCUGGAAAAAAUGCUGAGCAACUGCCCACCCACUUCACUGUGGGGGUCCAGACAGACUACAGGGAGAGUGAAACACAAACCGACCCAUACAGCCCUGAGUAUGUGGUACAGCCUGGAACGACUCCCUCAGAGCUCCUGACACUUGCAGCUUUGACUUGGGGUCGGGGUCUGCCUGCAGGCCUAGCAGAAGUAGAAAUGAUAGAGCGGGCACGUGCCAAACAGGCUUGGGAGGCCACCCUUCCUCCACUGGAUGACCUGAGCCAGCUGGACAAAAGGAGGCGUAUGAUGGAGGAAAUGGAGGCCAAAGAGUGGGCUUUCAGAGAAGGAGAAAUCCAGAAGUUGCAGGAGGCUCGUCUUGCUGUGCUGACAGACCUGCUGAGGCAGAGAGAUGGGACCCAGAAAGAAGUCACAAAUGAGAGACUAAACCAGAUAUAUUCUAGGUACAGAAAAGACAAGGAGACCAAGCUACACAAGAUCCGCAAUGACUACACGAGGUCCCUGAGAAAACUGGAAGCUAAAAGGAGGAAUGAGAAUGCAAAGCUAGAUCGACGUGGCAUUGUCAAAGCCUAUACAGAUUACUCUUCUCAGACAAAUGCUCGUUGGACCCGCAGGGAUGCUGUCAGCAACAGGAACACCCUCAGUAACGAGUUAAAAAGCCACUACUUGGACACAUAUGAAGGCUUGCUAGAGCUUGAGGCAGGGCUCUCUGCCACAGUCCGCAAGCCACGGGUGAAAAGACACAAACCCAGAGUCAACAUCAUCAAAGACAUGAUGAUGCCCCCUGAGAAAAGAGAGCUAGAACUUAUAAAGAAAUACAAGGCCCUGAAAGACGAGCAAAUGGAGGAGUCCUUACGUUUUCUUAUCAAGAAGGAGAAACCUGUUCCUCGUCCUGCCACUCCCAAAGUGGAGGAACCAGCGGAGGGGGAUGAGGAAAUUGAGCUUGCAUCCAUCCAUCUGCAGAAACUACUGAGAGGAAGAAGUAUUCAAUACGAGAUGUUUAAUGGCAAGGAGAACCAUCUGGAGCUCAUCCAGGAACUGAGGACCAUCCACGCUCUGCAGAGGGAGGAGCAGGAUCUACACAAAGCUAACAAAGAGCUUGUACUGGCCCUGAAAAAAGAGAGGGACAAACACAGGCAAAAGACCUCUCAUGCGGAGGCAUCUCAGGCCAGAGAGUUAGGUGGAGAGCUUGAGCACUUGUUUGACACGUUGUCCAAGGAGCUGAUUCGUCUCCAGGAAGAGCGCAGGAUCCAUGCUUUUACAUUACUGGCUGAGAGAGGCCGUCGCCUCCGAGAGGCUGAGGAGAGUGGAAGGAGACAGGUGGAGGAGCGCAGACGCAGAGAAGAAGAUGAUAUCUUCAAACAAGUGGUGCAGGUACACCAGGAAACUGUGGAUUUGUAUUUGGAGGACAUCAUCCUGGGGACAUUGGAGGGGACAGCUGACCAACAGGCCAGAGAGGAGAUCCGCAGGAUGGCGAAGGAGGUCAACGACAUUGCUUAUGCCGUGGAGGAAAGUCGGAACAGUCUUCAGUCAGAGGAGAUUGUGUCAGAGUUGGUGUACAGUUUCCUUAUCCCAGAGGUUGAGAAGAUCAGUGUCAGGCAAAGAGUGCACCAGAGGCAGCAUAGACACUUGCAGGCAGCUCGUAGUAUCAUUCAGGGGACAGCAGAGCCAGCUGGGAUCCUUCCUAGCACACCAGGGGCCUCUCAGUCGACCUUUCCAUCUGAAAGAGCCUCCAACCUAGUACUGGAAGAGAUGAUCAGCCAAGUGGAGCAAGAACGCGGGAAUGAAGCAGAGCAGCACAAAGACUCAAACUGAGUAAAGACAGGGCUAAAAAUAUUUCAGACUGUACUGAGGUAUAGUCUGCUGUCUGACUUUGUUGUUCACUCGUAUUAUUAAAGUAUACGUUUCAUCAU